AUGGAAGAAAAGAAUGAGACCGCAGUGAGUGAGUUUCUAUUUCUGGGCCUCACAAAUCGUCUCUAUCAGAAGAUUGUACUUUUCAUCAUGCUCCUCUUUGUUUAUCUUGUUACACUGGGGGGCAACUUGGGUAUGAUCACUCUCAUAUGGGUGGACCCCAGGCUGCACACACCUAUGUACUUUUUUCUUAGUCAUUUGUCCUUCGUAGAUAUGUGUUCCUCUUCUUCCAUAGCUCCUAGGAUGCUGUGUGAUAUAUUUACAGAGAAAAAAGCCAUUUCCUUUGUGGGUUGUGCUGUACAGUUAUGGUUUGCUGGUCUUUUUGUGGGAACUGAAUGUUUCCUCCUUGCUGCCAUGGCGUAUGAUCGCUAUACAGCCAUCUGUAAGCCCUUACUGUAUACUCUAAUCAUGUCCAAGAGGGUCUGUAUGAAGUUUGUCUUAGGACCUUAUCUUUUGGCUGCUAUAAACAUCACAACUCAUACAACCUUGACCUUUUGCUUACCAUUCUGUGGUCCCAAUAUCAUCAACCAUUUUUUCUGUGAUAUUUCCCCAAUGCUUUCCUUAGCAUGUGCUGACUCCUCCAUCAACAAGAUAGUGCUUUUUGUCUUGGAUGGAACAAUAGGAGUGCUUAGUGGUCUGAUCAUCGUAGUCUCCUACAUCUGUAUUUUGAUGGCCAUCUUGAAGAUCCAGACGACCGAUGGGAGGAUGAAAGCCUUCUCUACUUGUUCCUCUCAUUUGGCAGCAGUCUCCAUCCUGUAUGGAACUUUGUUCUUCAUUUAUGUUAGACCUAGUACAGAUUCUUCACUGAAUACCAAUAAAGUUAUUUCUCUAUUUUAUACUGUCAUGAUUCCUAUGCUGAACCCCCUGAUCUAUAGCUUGAGGAACAAGGAAGUGAAAGAUGUAUUCAGAAGAAAAGUACAAAGGAAACAUUUUCCAACUGAUUGGUAA